AUGGGUUUACGGGAACUCCUCUAUCAAGUAGAGGCUGAACACGAAAAAGAGAAAACGGAGCUCAAUCAAAAGUGCGACGACUAUUUUUCGAAAGUUCAAACCCUUCAGGGAGCUUACAAACAAAAAAUUGAAGAACUAGAAGGAUCCGAGCUCAGAAAAAGACAGUGGGUUGAGCAGGCCGAGGAAUUCAAGAAGAAAAAUAAAGUUUUGAAGAAAAAGAAGGAAGAUCAGAAGAAAGAGAUUGAUGAUUUGAAGGAAGAGAAUGAAAAUUUGAAGAAAGAGAUAGAAGCCUCGAAGAAAAAGCCGCCCACUCGCGAUGUUUCAACUCAAACGACAUCGUCCAAAGAAGAGGAUAUUCAAGUGGCGAUUCAGGCUCUCGUGGAUGAAGCGGUUGGAAAUUGCCGCAAAGUUAUGAAGAGGGAAAUGGAAGAGUCGAAAAAAACCGCGAAGCAAGCCGGACGGGAUGAAGUGGAACCUUCUAAUGUUGCCCCCUGCGAUGGUGAUGCACCAUCUGUGUCAGGCGGUCGUCCCGCUUCUCCCACUGAUGAAGGCCCCAGCAAGAAAAAGCGGCGUUCCGAGGAGCCGCCUGUAGUGACACAGAGUCUCCGCGACGUACUCUCCAGGGAUUUAUCACGCCAACAACUCACGAGUCUCGGCCAUCAUGCUUGUGAGCAACUUGACCGGCAGCUCGUGAUCUACCUAGCACCCUUACGCUCGGAUAUGGUCACUUACCUUCUCAACCCGGCCCUGAAUCAUCUUUCUAAUCGCCGGAUGAAGAUUCAAAAGCUCCGAGCACUAGUGGUACGACUGGUGGACCUGUUCGAGAUUUUUUCGGAUCACAUCCGCCAUCAGACGACUUUGGAAGUCUCCCAAAGCCGACUAAUCCCGCACUUGCCUACCUACAAUCUGCUGCACGAGAGCGUCAACUACUUUCUUCGUCGUGUCUCUGCGCCUGCUCACGUGCUGUCGAGGAUGAUGAGUCAUCUUCCUACUCUUCUGCAGGAGGUGCGCCCUACCGCCACUACUUGCCGGCUUCUCCAAAACAUGUUUAACGCUGGUGUAUGGUCCUCGUUCGGGAAUGAUUACCGAUCUCGUAUCUCUUCGUUAGGGUCAGAUGCCAAGUACUUGCUGAUGUUCUGUCGAGUCAUCUCUCCUGAUCACAGUGUCUUGCCUGAUUCUACAGACAUGCAGCAUUACACCAUCUAUGCCGAACAUCGCGUGCGUUUGGCGCUGUAUGAGUUGACUUCGUUUGAAUCAGACCGUCCUCUUGAAAGUUACCAAACUUCUGACCUAACUCAUGUUGGCCCCUCUCUGACGACUCUCACUGACGUGCUGCACAAGUACACUGUCCCCAUGCGUCAGCGGUCACCUCUGCCAAGCGACGAUGAGGAUGAUGCCACACCACCCUCCUAUUUGAACGCUCGUUAUUUAGUGGAGGGGGACGGAACCGGCGGAUAUAAAGUCUCAGUCUUGGUAGAUGCAGGACCCGAAGAGCAUUUGCUCGCUACCGCGCAAGUGAGGGCCACGAUGGGCGCUCCCGUUCAUACACCGAACGUUGCAACAACGAGUGCUCAACCUUCGCCACCACCAACAUCUCCCGUUUCUACAGCGUCCACUCCUCCAGCUGCGACGCCCAUGGACACACAAACGAGUGCUGCGGACACUGACGUUCCCAGCGCGACCGCAGCACCCGAGACUUCCCCGGCUCCUGCUCAGUCCAGGUCACCUACUCCACAAAGGCACACCCCACCUUCGUCACCAGCGUCUCCUCCAUCUCCUGAGGGUCAUGAAGAUGUGUCUCAUAAUGACUUCAUCGAUCUCGACGUUCCUGAUGAUAUAGAUGGCGACCUGAAUGGUACUAGAGUCGAGACUCCCGUCGAGGAUCCUCCUGCAUCGUCCCCCUCAGCAGCUGACGGUCAGAACUCCUCACCUCCUGCUCCUGCAGUUUCCGAUUCAACCCUUACUUCUUCGGGUCCAGGCGAGGUUGGGGCCAGCUCGUCUAACCCUGUUACUCCGACAACAGGUGAGCAUGAGACCGCCGCGCCAUCUACUUCGACGACUCGCGUCACUCGCGCUACCGGCGCCAGUAACGCUGCACAAGGUACUGCGUCUCACGCUGCAACUGGUUCUACUUCUUCAUCGACUCCUUCUGGCACCGCGUCUACCAGCUCUGCUACCACCUCUGCCCGCACCAGAGGUAGUUCUCACCGACGUGUUCGCGAUAGACGCUACGGAACGCAUGGGACUACUCCGCCAACCUUGACAACCCUGGAUUCUUCACAACUUUCGCCCUUUUCUCGCGCUCUGCAGCUGAACUUGGCUGCCCGACAAGUGGCCGGCAAGCCCCUGUCCCGCCGUGCCGCUUCCGAAUGCAUGGUUGCUACUCUCCGCUCUUUCAGCCAGAAUCCAGCUGCUCGAGUGUCAGAUCGCGUGGCAGCCUACUUGCGAGACCUGAAUCUCUCUGAUCUAGAUCGUCUUGUGCACUUCCUUCGUCAGAUUCUACCAACCCUUUCUGCCGACGACCAGCGGGGCUUCUUGAUGUGGCCAGAGUUCAUCAAUGACAAGUUCCUCGAGGGCGCUUCUGGUCGGUUCGAGGCAAGUGCUACCUCUAUGGAAGUGACGCUGGCACGUGAUCAUGCUCGAAAUCACGCCCAAUCUUUGGCUUUGCUACGUGCUAAGUGCGAUUAUGUCUAUUUCCUGUCUCCCGAAACGCGGUUCCAACCUUCCUUGUUGCAGCAUCUGAUGAAUCGAAAUGUUCCGAGAACUUUCUGCACCGCACCACUGCAAAACCACCGAGCCGGACCUCGUCUAUUGACUUGUCUUGACAAGACUUGCUUGACUUCAGGCGGCUGCCUUCUCGCCUCCUCCUCUUAUCUGUUGGGCGUCGUACCCUGUAACUUGGUGACGCUUCAUUUCUUGUCCGAGUUCUUCGUCUCCAUCUGUCGCUAUGGACAAUGCAGGCCCCUCUUCGAACUUCGGGAUGUAACGGAUGGCUGCGUAAGCCAGCGCGAGCAAUCGACCUACCUGCGAUCGCCUCUCGACGUAAACGUUGUCGUGUAUCCUCCUGCCCCGUCCUUGACUUCGAUUGGACAAAGUAACCACCAGCGGACUCUGGCCGAUUGCCACUUUGCCUCGCCCGGCGUUUUUCUCCGUUUAUUUUUCCCCGACGAGAUGAAGCAGCCAACACACCAGGAUUACGAGGACUAUCUUGCAGAGUCAUCCUCCUUGCAAUGUCUUCUGCGCCUCUUCGGAUUCAACUGCUCCAUAAGAAAGUCCACUGGCGAUUUGUUGGUGGAUUGUGAUCAUCUUACUCCGAAUCGCGUGGAUUCCUUCCGCCUUUAUGUCCGCUAUCUUCUCAUGGCCGAUCCUCAGCAUCGUUCGAACGGGUAUCAUGAUACUCCCGUGCCAGAUUCGUUCCCGCGAUUGCCUUUUCCUUCUGUUCUCCUCCCCGAAGGAAUGGAGGGCUUCUGUGGAAAUCCCCGCUUCCUUGAGCGUGACUACCUGGCUUUGGCUUCAACCUACCAGACCUACAUCCAGUCAUCGGCUGAGUUACUCGCCUUGCGUGACCCGACCGGCACUUUUCAGCGCUCUGCUUUGGAUUUGAGAACUCGCCUUGGGGCCGAUAACCCUUUUCGCCACGGAUUGCGACCAGUCGAGACUCUCGAGCGUCUGAAUCGCGUUCUCACCAGCUUGCACGAUGUCACCAACCCUUUGUCCGGGAUGUUGACCUCUGUCUUUCCCGCUUUCCACGCUGAGCUGGCGCCUGCUCGUCGCUGCAAAUCCAAGUUUUGCAUCAGCAAGGAUUGCCCUUCGAACACAGCAGGAUGGAUCCGCCUCAUCCGCGACCUGCGGUCUUACCGCCCCCUCGAGCAGGUCUCUCCCAAGCUCAAGGAAUGUACCUAUGUUGGCGAUCGAGAGGCUCGUCAUCAGAAAUUUCUGCCCUCUUCAGUCGUCGAGGCCACUAACCAAGUCGUCCGUUCCAGUUGGCCGAUCCCCUUGGGUGCCAACCGAUUGAGUCCGCUUGGUCGUUACCUCUGCGAGCGCAAAGGAUGGGUUCUUGACGACGUCCACGCUCUUCUGACUGCGAACAUGAGACGGGUCUACGGUGUUUACCGCGUUCCUUCCAAAACUCGACGAUCACCCACGACCGUGCCUCUCUUGACUCCCAUGGCCUUCUACGAUCCUGUCGAGAAGAUGCUCGUCUCCCUACGGGUGCCAUUGCCCAUGAGUCUCAACCCAAUGUAUUUUAGUCUUGUACCAACUGUUUAA